AUGCCUUUGACAUGGAUAGAUGAAUCUUUGGCGACAAAUUCUUGUAUCUACUUCUUGUGCUCGUCGGUCAACUUUUUUUUCCCGCUCUUCUUACCAAGGUUAAACAAGUUGUCCGGAUCUUCAUCGUAUUUCUUCUCCCAACGUUGUGCCACUCUUGAAUCAAUAUUCAACUGCUUUGCUGCAGCUCUGGAACUCAGCAAUUUCUCGUCCUUCAGCUUGAAGAAUUUAAUGAUAUCCUCAUCAGUUCUCAAGACCAUGACAAUCCUCAUCAAUUAUAUAACUCAAAGCUUAAGAACUGUUUUCAUAUAUGGUGCUAUCGGACUUAAGUAUCUAUGUAUAAUGGUAUUUUUCAAAAGAUAUCAACUUUUGCAAAAAUAA